AUGCCUCCACUUCGUAAAACAUGUUCACAAACGGCUGAAGAACGUCGAACUUUAAAUACUUUUCGAAUGCAAAGAAACAGACACUCAAAAACACCACCAAAAAACAACAAAGAAACUAUAAUAUGGUUAGCUGAUAAUAAUUUAGACCAAUGUAUUUACAAUAAACCAACAGCUUCACAAGUGGCAGCUAUAUGUGUAGAAGGUGAUGAACCCAUAGAAUAUAUAAAGCGUGAUAUAGUUAUUCAAUCGUGGUCUCAAGGUUUACAAAGAGUUUCUGAACUAAGCAGAACAUAUGAUCCAAUGCAAUACCCAUUUCUUUUUCCAAAGAGCGAUUAUGGAUGGCAUCCCGAAAUAUUACAAAAUAUGUUCCAAAAAAAAGUCAUUGCCGGAAUAUCAAAUGCAUCACAAAUAGGACAUCGUAUCAUCUUACCCUCAUCAUUCAUAGGUGGACUAUGUGAUAUAUACCAACAUUAUCAAGAUGCAAUAGCGUUGGUACAAGUAUAUGGAAGGCUAGAUAUAUUUAUAACCAUCAUGUGUAAUCCUCGCUGGCCAGAAAUUAUAGCAGAACUUAUGCCAACACAAACCCCGCAAGACAGACCAGACCUCACAGGUAAAACUAAUUAUUUAAAUUUAAUUUAA